UGCACGCCUAAACUACGGACUGCACGCUCUUGGUAUUGCGACAACCCAUGCUGCCAAGCUGGGACUGCGACGACGCGUUCUGAUCGACAUCACAAUUGGUUCCCUUAUCUCUACGUGGCAUUCAGCACACCAACACAGAACAGGUCGGGCCAAAGCAAUGCAGCCCCAGGGACGUAAACAUCCUUUAUAAUUUCUCCAACAUGUGGGAUUGGCGACCAUGUCUUCCCUACGACUAGCCACUGCCUCUAAUGUAAGGGCAUUCCAAUCCUUGUUGAAUGCCCUCAACACAAGCGACAGCAAAUGGGCAGCCUCAAUAGACCGCGAAGCUCUAGAGGACGAAAUAGGAAGAUUUAGAGUCUGGUCUGGAAAUCUAGGAGCACUCUCCAAAGGACCCAGCGCUCUCGACCACCGACUUCGCGAUUCCCCACUUCUUUCCAGCAAUGCACUCAAGUUCCUGGAAGAACUCGAGGGGAACCUUAACGAAGCAUUUGCUAUUGUAUCUGGAACUCGUCUACCCUAUGAAGAGCAACCUAAGCCAGAAAAGCCCGAGGAAGAGGAUGACGACGACGGUUUCUUCAGCGAGGAUGAGGACGAGGACGAGAACGACUUAAGUGGCUCUAAGACCGAGUUGAGCAUGCGCUUUUCAGAGAUUGUCGAUAUCAUUGACAACUUGUAUAAACUAAGUGUCCGCAUCAGAACACCAACCCUGAGAUCAAGGUCGCUCAAAGCGGCUUCUUAUAAACCGAAAGAUCCAGAGACAGGCGUCGAUAUACUGAGCACGUACGCCGAAUACGACCUGCAACAUAUCAAGGAGCUGCUUUCGCAUCUUAGACAGCCACACCCUGUGGGUGAGAAGUAUGAGGAAGAUUUCUUAGUUGCGCGACUAGGUGCAGGUAUCACUCUUCGACGUAGACAAUUCAAAUACUGGAAGCGACAUCGAGACAAAUUGGGCGCCUCUACAAUCAUUGAAGAAGCUGCGAAACCUGUACAGCCUGUUCAGCCCAUGAUUGAGACUGAUCAGCCGCAACGUUACGACACCAUGGAAGUCCGCUUAGGAGAACCUAUCAAUGUAAUAGCACCGAGCCAAAAGACCGGCAAAACCCUGCUUUCAGGGACAGAAGCAACGCAGCAUCAUCAAUCAUUGGAUGAAAUUGUUGACGCCAGAUCGAUGACUAGCUACGCUGUCACAGUCAAAGACAUACAUGGGAAAGGGAUUGAUCUACCUCCACCCCCAAAAGCCGCCAACGGGGACAAAGAUUUCGAGUGUCCAUACUGUUACAUCAUAUGCCCAGCACGGUAUGGACGAGGACGAGCUUGGAGAACCCACCUUCUACAGGAUUUGCAGCCGUACAUUUGUACCUAUUCUGAAUGUGAAAGCCCUGAGCGGCUGUUCCGCGGUCGAAGAGAAUGGGUUGAACAUGAAGCUAGUCAUCGCAAAGCCUGGAGGUGCCCAGAACACCCAACAGCGAUAUACAAGACUCAUACAGGGUUGGAGAAUCAUCUCCGGCGGAAGCAUAUAGAUAGCUUCCCUGAGAGCGAAGUUUCCAACAUCGUCAAGGUGGGCGAGACUGCCACGUUAGACUUGCGGCAAGAGUGCCCUAUUUGCUAUGUGUCCGCAGAUACUGCAGAUUUAGGUGAUUUCCAGAGCCACAUUGCCCAACAUCUCGAGCGAAUCGCUACCUUUGCUCUCCCUAACGCCAUAGAAGAUGACUCAGAUGGCGCAAGCAGUGCUGCGAGUCGAGGAUGGUCGGGCGACAUGUCUUUGCACAGCGACUCUACGGAGGGACAGGAAGAUGAAAAGAAAGAAGCCGAUACGUUACAGGAUGCUCGAUCCCCUAGCCUGACUCAAAGCGUGGAACCGAGUCGGAUGGUUCUAUCAGCCGAAAGCCUGCAACAAGUGCCCGAUGCAAGCCAAAGCCGAGUCGACAUGAUUGCCAGUCAGUUAAACGAACAAGGCAACGUAGAUGAUCCACCACUCGAUGAUGAUGAAUCUGGUGGUCAGCACGUCGAGCAAGAAGAGGUCGAUGAGACACCAGCCGAGGUGCAAGAGCACCUAGAGCAGAGGGACAACUUCCGAACUUAUAUGAUGUCCUUAUCGGGUUCUGAGUCGGUUCGAUUCUACAAACAAUACGGUGCUUGGUCUGGUCAAGCUAUCUUCAAAGACGACGCUGCUGCUCUGCAAGCUCUUGAAUCUUUCGACGCUCGAAGAUUUCCAUCUGUAAGGGUUCACCUGAGUUCGUUGUCCAAAAGCAGAUUGAAGUUUGCACUUUCAAACCCGCCUAGAGGUAAAGCCAAGCGAUUGCCGCCAAAUCGUCAGUCAAAUCUGGAAACGCAGGAAAACGAGGACACACGCAGUGCCUCAUCAGGUUCGAUAGUGCAUGACGGAGAAGAGGAAAAGAAUAAGAGAGGACCGAUCCUUACUGUGUCUGAGAUCCCUACGCUCCGCUCGUUGUACAGGUCACGGAGGCUCAUGCAGCGUGACCAAAGAUAUGCGCCCAAUGACGUCUACAAUCGGAUGAUAUCCUUUUGCUACUACGACCUGACGAGGCUAAAGGUAGACGCGAUCGUCAACAGCGCUAACAGUGCUAUGAAAAUCACGAAAUCUCCUGAAACGCUCAAUCACGCUGUCCAUAAAGCUGCGGGACCAGGCAUGAGACAAGAGGCAAAGUCGAAAGGCAAAGUCAAAGCUGGGCAAGUAGAGCUGACCCAUGGGUAUGACCUUCCAAGUCCUUGGGUUAUCCACGCGUCACGACCACAAUAUUCUGCUUCGAAGGGCAUGGGCGAAUUCAACGUGCUCACACAAUGUUACCGUAGCGCCUUGAAGAUGGCUCUCAACUAUGACUUCAAGCAGAUUGCUUUCCCAUGUCUGGGCACAGGAGGAUGUGGCUUCCCUCCACGAGUGGCCGCCCGCAUCGCGCUUCAAGAGGUUCGAGACUUCUUAGACGCUCACACUGAUAACAACUUGGAGCGAAUCGUCUUUUGUGUCAUGAGCGCAGUAGACGAAAAGGCUUACAUGGACUUUUUCCCUGUGUUCUUCCCACCAACAUAUGGAGACCUCGAAGUCGCGAAGUCGUCGGAGUGGUCGGCAAACCGUGCUGCACUAGCCAUCCAGGUCCUGGAAACUCGUACCCAGGUCCAGAAAUUGUUCGAGGAGCUGUCCACGGACUUCAGCCUGGUAGUGCCGGACUUCGACGAAAAGAUUCUUGGUGAGCUCAGCGCUAUUGACUCCGCACUGGCUUCGAUUCGAAGCUUCCUGUUAGGGCCUAAGGAGCUAAAACGAAGUUUGGGGGAUCUUAACCUGAUCUGCUCGGUCAUGCAAACGGUUUGUGGCAGCGUCACUGAAACCACCGAGCUGGCCAAAGAUACAUCAGGAUUAGUACCAAAGCAUAAAGAAAUUUGGGAUGAUUACAACGCUCAUAUGAGGACAACGCACGCAAGCGAUCUUGUCCAUUUUCUGGUGGACUGCCAGAACUUUGUGCAAUGUCUAGACGACAUCUUAACGCGCGAUGGUAUCGAGUUGGACGAAAUGUCUAAUAUGCGACAACGACUGGAUAGUUACAAAGCCAAACAAAUUGGACAAGACGCAGAAGGCAUUCGCGACCACCUAGAUGAAGUUCUCUACACUCGUGAGUUUCAACGACAGACAGUGUCCCACGCUCGUGAAACUGUUAGACUGCAUGAAAUAUCGUCGGUUGCUCGACUUUAUCAACUCGGUGAGCUCCAAUCAAAGCCUACCUUGGCGCAUCCUUCUGCAAUUUUCAACCACACAGUUUGCUUAAACAGAGUGGAUAUCACUCAGCUAGAAGUUGACAUUAUAGUUAACUCAACAGAUGUUUUCUUCAACGGGAUGGGCACACUUGAUCGUACCGUGUUCAAGAAAGGCGGAUUCGAACUACGGGAAGAAGUCAAGAAAUUUGGCAUGUGCAACGAAGGCGAUGUGAGGGCGACGCCGGGAUAUCUGCUUCCGGCCAAACACAUCCUCCAUACAGUGCCGCCUCAACAGUAUGGGAAGGACACUAGAAAUUUGUUGCGUCGAAUCUACCGUGACGUCCUACAUACGGCCGUCUCAAUGCGGGCGACAUCGAUUGCAAUACCAAGCAUUGGCACAGGCAUGCUGAACUAUCCACGACGUGAUUGCGCAUCACUGGCAAUGGAAGAAGUCAAGGGAUUCCUCGAAUCUGCGGAGCCCACUAGUUUACUUGAGAAGAUCAUUUUUGUGGUGUACUCAUCUAGCGAUGAGUUCAUUUACAAGAGUCUUUUGCCAGUCUACUUCCCACCAAAGGAGUAUGGUACUCAAGCACUACCUACUACGCAACCUGCCGGGCCAAAGAGCGAUUCACCAUCCGUAGAGUCAUCUUCAACUCGUCGUCGAACACUGUUCGGGUCCAUCGGCGAAGCCUUCCGUAAUGUGCGUUUCGGCAAACAGGCUGAGACUUCACGUCAAAUCGACACAUACGAAGAACAUGCGCUGAUCGCCUUCGAGUCACACGCCAAAGACUGCGUCAUCUGUAAAGAUAUCAAUAAAUUAUAUCUGGAUGGGCGGGAUCUGUGUGAAAAGGGCUAUCCGCUUGCACAAGUGGUGUUGUGGUACAUGAACAUGUCUAUGGAUCAAAUCGUGCAUACCAAACCCGACAAUACCGGCCAGCGCAUGGGAUUAGAGGUUCCCACCGAUUUGUUCCCGCUAUCACUGAGUCUAUUGACUACAGUGGAAAAGAGUUUGCGAGAUGAAGGUGGACGCAGACCAUUUGUCAGUCAGAACCGACGAUAUGCAGCCACAGUUCAGGACCAGCGGCAAGAGGGCGCCGCACAAUCAUCUAUUAUAACGCAUGAGGCGGAAAGCACAGAGUCAGCUACAAUCUCAGGAGGCCGAGAGAAGCCUCGAGCAGAAGUCGCUAUCUGGUCUAACCUUGCAAAGAGGUGGGACCCAGUAUACCCUAGCGAGUGUAGCAUCCACAUCUAUCCAGGCAAGGUUGAGUUCCGUGAGUCGGACCAUCCAGCAGCAAACCAAGUUCCACUGCUAGCUCUUCAGCUUAUCGCCACCACUGUUGUAGCGAGGCAUGCAGCCAAUACUGAGGUGACUAUUUCUGGUGCUCCACGCCUGGACUCGGUAUUAAAAACCAGUGGAGACAUAUUGCUCCGCAGUCAAAGUGCCAGUGGCUCAGAAGCACUGCUCGAGUCGUUACAGCGUGCGAGAGGUGACGCUUCUGAGCUCCAGGAGGAUUCCGCGCGAAUUGAUCGCGGACGGGAGCUUGAAUCAGUAGCGGGACCAAGUGACGCUAGGCCUCUGUCAAGCGAGAGUCAAAAGCCGGCUGAAAGUUAUCUUGGGUGGAAUCAGCGGCUGCAUGAUAUCCGCGAAGACCUAGCUUUGGCCAAAAAGCACCGUGAGGGGCGGUUGAGUCCUCUGCAGUCCAGAUUACAAAACCUGAGAGAAGCUACUGACACUUUACGGCCGAGCUCGAGUGAGCAAGGGCGAGCAUCGGAUCUGCCAGUAGAAGGCACCAUCACCCUUCCAGCAGUGCCAUCUGAUAAUCUCUCUACACCCGUUCAGAAAACACCAAGCGAUGGCGGCAACAGCCCACUAGCGGACCAGAUUAUGGCACAUCUGACAAAAGAUCUCAAGACAAGACCAGGCUCCUACAUAGGUCAACACACCAAAGACAUAGCGUCCGCACUUCAGAGAGAGCAGGCGGAGAUUUCAGCCGCCAUCGAAGGACUAGCAGCACAAGACAAGGCCCAUAAUACCAUCGACGGGAGUACGUGGGUCAUAUCGCGCCCUCCAGCAGAGCUUCCUACACUGCUUCCGCAGCAAAGACAGCCGAAGGAACAAAGCAUUCCUGCUUUCGAGCUUAUGAGUCCUCUCGCUGUGCAAAUCCUGUCAUACAUGACAUAUGUCAACCGAGCCAGCGGAAACGAAAGCAGGCAAACCGUACGGGAAAUUGCUUCUGCCCUCCAACUACCUACUUCAGAGAUAUGGCCUGAAAUUAGACAACUAGCAGCACGAGGAGACAUACAGCGCUCCUUGAAUGCAGAGACAUGGGUCGUUACGGCGACACGACGAGAGAAUCAGUCUCCAGCGCAGCAUCCAAGUGGAAAUUUGAGAAAUAGAACGACGGGAAGAUCGCCAGAGCCUCCCUCUACAACCGCCCAAGUCCGGAAUCCUCCCAUCUUCAAAGACACGCCGCCAAGUCCCACUACCGCCGAACCUUCAACGUCAAACACUGACUACGACCUUGCCCUUGACCUCUCCACCAUCAAUUUAGAUGAUUACUUCACACCCUCUGGCGCACGCUGGACACGCAUUGACAAGCGCCUAAUUGACGCACAAGUUCUGCUCGAAGCAGAAGAAGAGUUCGAUGACACGGAAGAAGGUUUUGUCGUGCACCGUGUCUUGCGGCGUGGAGAGGUUAGAACGUGGGCGGAGAAGACGAGGGAGAGGAGAAAUCGGCCGGCUUCGAGUAGUGGAGUUAGGGAACGGAGAGGGGAGUGGGCUACAAGGCCAAGAGAUAGGGAGGAGCGCGGAGGUUGGAGGGAUGGAAGGGGCGAGAAGGAUAGAAAGCAAGCAAAGUUGGAUCGGGUGCUGGCGGGUGACAUGAAAGAGGAAGAGUUGAGACAUUUUGCGGAUAUGGAUGAUGAACGAGAUUGAAUGCUGUAGAUUGAAUUAAUGCAAAAUAUGCCUAUGAUCUAC